AUGGAUUCUCUCCAUAUCAGCUGUUUCACAAAACCAAACAAACGCACAGAAAGCCCAUUAGUCUUUCAUACACAUCUUGGAGCUACCGCUGCACGAAAAAGAUGUAACUCGACGGAUUUAUGUAAACAAGACUUCUGUCAUACGGUCUUCAUGGAGAGAUGUCAAACGGAGAAUGGACAUACUAUGUCUUCACUUGACUUCGAUGAAGAAGAUGAAGAAAUUGUGAACUUAUUAUCACAGAUGACUAUUAAUAAACAACAAAACCGCCGAAUCAGUCUAGAUGAAAGAUGUCACAACCCAGCACCUUCCUUUUCGUUGUUUACGUGUCACAAUGAAAAAAGAAAUUCGUUUAAUGUAAUGUGA